UUCAAUCAAGAUUCAUUCUCUCUCCUUGGCACACCCUCAAGGCUUGGAAACAUUGGGCAAACUGCUACCAACAGCCCUGCGUGUUUUCAGGUAGGCAGAUGGUUGGCCCACACCCCAGGCACCCCUUGCAGCCACUACAAGUAAACUUGACUGCAGGUAUCCUGUCUUCCUUUCCAAGGGUGCCAUAUGAACAGAUUCAGAGCCCGACAGUCUUCUCCAGCCCCAGACUGUUUCCCACUACCAUCCAAGCCGUGCAGUCCCAACAGUCUGUCCCCUCAUCAACGCUGUUCUCUCCUCUUAAGCUUGCAGAUCACAAAUUGGUCAAGGAUUGUAGCCAUUCAGAUGCACUUACAAGUUUUGAUGUCCAAGGAACAGAGCUACAAACAUCUCAGAAAACAACGGAAAGAGAAAAUGACAAGUCUGUGUUUGACUUUGAUAGUCAACAGCUUCCAGGUCUGAAUGUGGCGACAGUCAAAGAGGAUUCAGACUGUAGCACUCAUCAUCGCAUGAGUGAUUUCACCACAUCAUCUGCACCCUCAGACGGGGUACAGAUGUCUCCAAAUAUAGGCUUCAGGAGGUACGCUCCGAAAGUGGCUAUAGUCACACCCGGCUCAGCCCCAAACAUGCCGGAUAUAUCUGCUCAAGAAGCCCAAAGCAGCAGGUCUGUGUUGGAAUGCAAGAGCACGCUACCAGCUGACAUGGGAUCCAGGAAGCAACUCGGCACGACACAAAAGGGUACAAAUAGAUCUCAUCAUUUCUUCCCAUCGCCAGCAGUCAGGGAUUCACUGGGAAUUCAGACACUAGCGACAUCCUUGACCAGCCCCACGGCUGAUGUGCAAGACUCACUGAAUGCCGCCAGACCAGAAAUAGCUGAUGAAGGGCAGCUGUGCAUUAAGACCUCACCAUAUGUAGGCCCUCGAAGCUGUGGGUCGGCAAGGAGCAAGCCGGAACUGCUGGAACAGAAGAAGGCAGAGCUGGCCAGACUACGAGCUGAGAAGGCCCAGCUCAAGAAGACACUCAAGACAGAAAAUGAAUUGACUGAUCAAGAGUUGGAUAUUGUGACACGGUUACACACCAUCAGGAACAGUCGCCAUGGCAACAUGCAAGGAUUAACCGUAUCACCUGUGGUCACUCAGACUCCCACCGAACGUGACAAAGGAUCUCUUCAUCUGCGAUGGCACUCCAGUCUGGUCACUGAGGUUCAGUAUUUGUCAAGUCCAGGCCAUCCUGUCAGAGUUGCCAGACCAAUUCUAGCCAAACAGGGUUUUUCCAGAGCAAGACAUGUACCUGUCACCAGGACAGCCAGCCCAGCGCAAUGAACGCUCAACAGACAAGACAGGCCACACCAACCCUCUGGUUUCGCUCAAACACCCAGAGACAAACUGGAAUUUUGAAGGAGACGUUCAGCUUUGUGUGGAGAUUUCAAGCCAAGUCACUUUGGACCAUUGAGGCAGUGUGGUAUUUCAAAAAAUGCAAGAUCAUUUGAGAACAAAGCAUGUGAGUGGAUGGCCACACCCCAAGAGCAGAUGUCAUACUCGUAUGCUUGUUCCUAAAUGACCUGGGAUACAUUUCAUGUUGGUGCAUGUACUGUUGGAAUACCAAACUGACUUACUAAUGAAUAUUCAAAUAUUUAUUGUUGAAAUUGUUUAUGUUGGGGUAAAAAUCAAUGAAAUAAUAGGGGACAAAUUCCAUUGUUCAGUCACAAAAUUGCCUCCUGUAAGAACAUUUCAAGGUGUUACAAAUACACUAACAAAGCAGUCGAUGCAUGCGCUCUACAAAAAGACAGAACAAUUGCUCUUGUGAUCUCGCUGAGACUUGGGGAACAAAUCAGCAAUUAUGACCAAACUGUUGCACUGCCAGCCUUCUCCUUUAACGAAGCAGCAGACUCCUGUCGUGAAACUCAACAGAGUGAUCACCACACAAACAUGCACGUGUUGUUUCUGCUUUUGUGGGAAUUUUGAAUAAUGGAAUAUUUGAACGAUCAAAUAUUAGAAAAUUCAAUUAUUUGAAAUGACUCAGUGUUAGGAUCUAUUGCCCAGAUGGCAUUGUGUUUGGCAACUCUAUGGAUGUUAAAGAUUUCCUUUCUGCCAGCAUUGCCUCAUUGGGCCUGUGAAUCAACCUCAUUCCCAGACUGCAUGCAUGCUGAAGGUCUUACGUUCUAGUUUGUAAAGCAGUCCUGAUUUCAAGAUCCAGGCAACUAAUGUUACACUAAAAUGUAUGAUGGGAAUAUACCCAUUCCUCUGAACUGUAUCAUCAUGAUGAGACACAUUUUUCUCUCUGUACAUGUCUGUAAUUAUGUGUGCCAUUUCAAGACUCACUGCUGUAGAUGUGGAGCCAUUUUGGCACACUACAGUUUUUUGUACGUGUCUAUACUUCAUUAGAAAUAUUUUGGUAUUCUGGUAACUUUUGAGGACAAAGUAUCAGGAAAUUACAUUUCUAUUUGCUUAUGGAUAUGGAAAUUUGCAUGAAUGCCCAAAAGGUCCCUCAUAUGCCCUCAGAUUAACGAUGGCAGUACAAGACUGAACAUGACGAUAAAAUGUAUCAAAGAUGACAUUCCACUGCCACAUUUGAUUCCAUGGACUCUGUAACUGGAGUUGUCUUAGGACAAUCCUUUUUUCACUCCUGGCAUGAAAAAUAUCAACUUAAUGGAUUUCUUCCCACUAAAUUUCUGAACCCCCCCAAGGAUUUACCACACCGUGUAGUAAGUAAUACACACGACCCUGUACAGCUGACGUGCAGUAUGCACUCCACAUGUCGGUUUAUCACAGGGCAUUUUGUGCAGUUUGCUGUUAAACGUUCAGGCAUGAUGUAAGUAGAAACAGAAAUUACAAGAUAGAGUUUUAGCAGCUGCUGUAUCUAUCUUGAUGCAUUUAGUUGACAUGAAUGCAAAAAAAAAACAAAACUAUCAAAUUCCACAGCUUUUGAAGUUGGAUAUCAAGUAAAGAAAGCAUGUAAUGAAAUUGCAAUUGACAACUACAAAGUGUGUGAAGUAGAAUCGUGUUAUUGUUAUUUAGUGCUCGUGAGCAACAGAAUAUAGCAUCAAAAAUCUAUGAGAUUAUAGUAACAAUUAAAUAUGUCAGCACAAAGAAAUUGUCAUGAAUCCUUCAUUAUGUUUGUUGUAUGACUAGAAGCAUUCUCUCCAUCCCCUUCCUAUGCUAAACAUGUUCACCAGUCAACUGAAGCUACUUCAAGUGAUUCAUGAAACACA